AUGAAGAUCCGCUGGCAGUCCCACGAUGUUUUCCAACAUCGCUUAGGUUGGAUCGAUUCUCUGAUUAUUAUGCCACACAACUUUGCUUCUGGCUCACAAGAGCUGAAGCUUCUUAAACUCAGGACGCUGUCUCUUUCCUGAAAUUCGAAGCCAGAGAAACAGUUACUCAUUUCAAAGUAUGUCAGUUUUUACUCCAUCAUGGUCCUACUAACUCUUCCAGGUCUAUCAAGCCUCACCAGCAUCAUCAUGCUCUUAACUACUUGCUCUCACAUCAUUAUGUGCUUCUUGGCAGGCUCCGUUAUCGCAGCACCAGUAACUCCUCGCACUUCACCAAGCUUCAAGGUUGAAUUGAGAGACCCCAUUGUUUCCAUUCAUCGCCGCACCUCUCCAAGCCUUGAAGCUGAGUUGAGUGAUCCAAUUGUGUCUAUUCAUCGUCGCGAGGCACCCGAUGUGGACGUGGAGCUUCUUGAUCCAGUUGUUAGUAUCCGCCGUUAGAGAUCAGCAUGUCCUUGUUCAUAUGGGCAGCUUAAGCUAUUCAGUGUUGGGGUGGGUAGGAAGGCCGUUGGUUUGAAGCAAUUGUGGAUUGAAG